AUGCUCUUGUCCUUUGCUUUGGAUCAAUAUCCAAGUGAAGUGGAGCCUCAGCCAUUUGAUUAUGAUUAUGAUCUAUACACUCGUGAACAGGAAGCUCAUUAUGACGAGACGAAAGCUUUAGUUCGCAAUACGGAACUAUUCGAUGCCCCAAUACUGGAACAUCUUUUUCUUAAUCAAGCGCUAAGUGCUGAAGAUUUGGCAGUGAGUGAGAAUGGUGACACAUACGUGGGACUGGCCGACGGUCGCCUUGCGAGCUUCCGAGUCGAAGCGGACGAGCUUCGUAACUUUUCUCAAACAGGACGCAACGUCCCCGAGUGUGGUACAUUUGACAUGGAACCGACAUGUGGACGUCCAAUGGGACUUAUCUUUGCAGCUGCCAAGCCAUUUACUAGAUUUAUCAAGAGAAUUCCAGAUGCCAAAUUGUUUGAAGGUGACCAAGUACUGCUAGUGGCAGAUGCGUAUAAGGGCGUGCUACUAUUCGAUGCUAAUGGAAAGCGUACGUUGCUGUUCAGUCGAGUUGGUGAUGAACAUGUUAAUUUCUUGAAUGGAAUUGCUGUCGUCCAAGAAACAGGAGAAAUUUAUGUGACAGAGUCGACACGUCGUUUCCAGCGCAAUCAGGUGGUGAUGGAGUUUUUAGAACGCAUGCCGACGGGUUAUUUGUUGCAUUUCGACCCUAGCAAAGGGACUGUGGAUGUAGAGGCAAGUGAGCUGGGAUUCCCAAACGGUUUGACGUUCGAUAAAGAUGUCUCUGGUCUAUUGAUCACCCUCAUGUUCCAGAACAAGAUCGUGCGUUUUGACUUGAAGACGAAAAAGAUUAAGGACUUUGCUUUCUUGCCUGGUGAGCCAGACAAUAUUUCGAUCGCAAAGGUGGGUCCGAAUGGGACGGAAGUGUUACUAGUGGGAAUGGUGUCCCGCAACGAUGGAGGCAUCCUCACUUACAUGAAGCAGAGUGUUAAGAUGCGCAAACUUCUAUCGCUAUUACCGACGUGGAUGACAGUGAUCUUUGUCUACCGUCUUGGAGUGUUCGCUUCGCUAGACUUGGAUACGGGUGCUAUCCGUCACGUCUAUGAAGCCUCACAGGGGCAGACACCGCUCAUAUCUGGUGCUACUCGUUCCGGAGAUCACAUCUACUUGACGAGCUGGGCUCGUUCUUCCAUCACGCGAAUUCCAGCAGCACUGGUGCACUAA